CUGGUCGAACCUGUUUGUCCACUCUGACGUCAUACAAGGCCCCCGUGAGGAUCCUGUUACCCGGAAGUCACCGGGCUCGUUUACCUGGGCGGCUCCUCAGGAGUAAAGCUGAGAAGCGGCGUCUUCGUGUAGCAGGAACACAUAAAAAAGAAAGGACUAAACUGGUGAAAAUGCUCGUCGCCUGGUUGGUUUCGGUGCCUUUGUUCUUUUUCGCAGCGACGGGUGUAAGUGGCUUUACAGUCAACACCGACAAUGCAAACGUGCGGGUGGAAGAGAAUAAAGGGGCUGACCUUACAUGCUCGUAUUCGGCCGACUUUGGUUCCAACCCCCGAGUUGAGUGGAAAUUUAAGAACCUGAAAGGUUCCCAGAUGUAUGUGUUUUUUGACCAGCAGCUAACAACGCCAUACGCCGACCGGGUGACUAUGUACGGCAGUAAUCUGAGAUUCUCCAGAGUAACCCGUGAGGAUAAUGGCGUGUACUCCUGCGAGGUGUCGGCAAACAGCCAGUUUGGGGAAGUCAAAGUGACGAUGACCAUUCUGGUGCCACCAGGCGAGCCCGUGGUCAGGGUCCCCAGCUCGGUGACCACGGGCCGGGCCGUCACGCUCACUUGCCACGACCCCGUCGGCUCGCCUCCGUCCAAGUACAACUGGUUCAAAGAUGGCGUCCUCAUGCCUUCUGAUCCCAGCACAAUUGCUGCCUUCAAAAACGCAACCUACAAGCUGAACACUGAAACAGGCACCCUGGAGUUUCCCGCUGCUGUCAAGAUGGACUCUGCUCAGUACAGUUGCGAGGCUUUCAACGGCGCUGGGCCUGCUCAGCGCUCGAAAGCCUUUGAAUUGCUAGUCCAGGACCUUAACACUGGAGGAAUUGUCGCCGGGGUGAUAGUGGCUCUGCUGCUCGUCGUCUUGCUGGUAUUUGGAAUUUGGUAUGCCAAGAAGAAAGGCUAUUUGCCCAAAAAGGCCGAAAGCAAACCAAAGUCCAGCGUGGUCUACCAGCCGGCCUCCUCUGUGUAUGGUGGUGGUGGUGGUGAGAAUAACGAUGGGGAAUUCAAGCAGACGUCAUCGUUCGUGGUUUAGUCUUCAUAAACUGCAGGAGAUAAAUGUCUCAGCGUGUGGACUUUUGUUUUUGCUCCCAAGUUGCAGUUUUUUUCUAGACCAGUGUGAUUGUGGAUCGGACCGGUUCUCUUUAGUGUCUCAGAUGCAUCAAGGCUAUCCGAUAAAUGUACGACGUGCCGGUUAUGAGACCUACUAGAGACUCCUUUUAGCCUCGGACGUGUUCCCAUCUUUAUUUUUGCAAAGUGUGUUUUUUUUCCUUCUGAUUUUCUGUUCUUCCAAAUGCUGCGGAACUUUUAAAAUGAUUCUGAUAAGUUAUUUGGAAGGAAAAUGUACUCCUAAGUCCAACAAAGCUUGAUAACUUUUUACCGCAAGAUCCAUUUACUGAUCCAUCACCUUAAUCUAGGACUGUUCUUUUUAUUAGUGACUCUGUCUGUAAGCUCAACUGUGAAAGGACGUUGUAAAGCGAAUAUGGAACAUAGAUUGAGUGUCUCUUUAUAGGUGUUUUUCUUUUAUAAAAAAACACUAAGUAAUGUACACUUUUUUUUUUUAUUUCUAUUAAAGUUUCAUGUUGUUUUUGUAAAUACUGUUUUUACGCUUGCCCGAGUGGACAUUUUAUGUACACGCUUUCUGGUUGUUUUAUUUAUCCGGUAGUGUUUUCUGGAUAUAAGUUCAGUGUUUCCCCGGCUACCAUUAUAACAGGGCGCCCCACUCCCUGAAAUGUAAUAUGAAUGAAUCUAAUUAUUAUUAUUUUUUUUAAAUCUUCCCACGCACGGUUGUUCCGCCCCGACAUGUGCGUGAAUAUCUCUGUAUGCAUGGCGGUGGUGCCAGCUGACCGCGGGGACAGACUUGACCCCUUGUAAACCUUGGGGGAACACUGAAGUUUGUAAACCUCAGAACCACAUUGGCUAAUACAAUCUGUGUUUAACACAGUGAUGGAUGACAGAUUAACUUUGGUGUGGCGAGUGAAUGACGAUGCACUAAUGCAUAAACAUUUUUAAAUGAUUAUGUUCAGAAGGCUGUGUGUGUAGCCUUCAUCCACAAAUAAGCAGGGUGUCUAUUUAAGUGGUUUAAUGAAGUCAGACAUCAAUCAUGAGUUAAUGUAAUCUAUGGGGUACAAUAUUUGACAACGGGGAAACACUUCUUCAUUGCUUGACAAUUCUUCUGCAAUAAAUAGAGCUGAUGAAUCAGCUGGUCAUUGUCACUUUUCCUUAUGUAUUGGUUAAUAAAAUCUAAAACUGA